CAUAGGUGGGCGUGGCUACUCGACAACGUCUUUUGACUGGACAGUACUUUCCCUGAGGUGGGACCGGUCGCUGCGGCCUAGGAACUAGGAGGAAGCGGCUGUCUGUCUGGAAUCUCCCGCUCACCGCUCCCGUGAUGAUCGAGGUGGUCGCUAAGCUGGUCCGUGGUCCGGUCUUCUUAGCCGGGGAGGUCCUGGAGUGCGUCGUCACCUUCACCAACCCGCUGUCGGCACUCUCUACCUCUGCCAGUAGUGAGACCCUGGCAUGGGCCAGUGCACAGAUUCACUGCCAGUUCCACGCCAGUGACAGCAGGGUGCAGCUGCCAGCCAGUGAGGAGCCGCGGCAGGAUGUGCAGGCAGAGAAGGAGACGGUCUUCAUCCCUAACAGAGGUGAGAGGGGCCAGUGCAUCCUUUCUACUCCCCCUAAGAUUCUGUUUUGUGACCUGCGUCUGGACCCUGGAGAGACGAAGUCCUAUUCCUACAGUGAGACGCUGCCCAUAACGGCUCCUCCAUCUUUUAGGGGUCAGUCGGUGAAAUAUGUCUACAAGCUGACCAUUGGCUGCCAACGAGUGAACUGCCCCAUCCAGCUGCUGCGGCUGCCCUUCCGUGUCUUGUUACUGCAUGCCCUUCAGGGGUUCCAGCCAUUACAAGACGAUGAAGUUGCUCCUUCGAAUCCUUUCCUGGAUGAUGAUGAACUUUGUAAGAAAGACUCAAGAGUCCUGGAUUCGGCGGUGGAAAUCCUGAUGAACGUGACCUCACGCAGGACCUUACACCAGUACAACAUCAGUAACGCUCGAGGCCGAGUCGGGACUUUCUGCAUUUUUAAGACGGUUUACAAGAUUGGAGAAGACGUCAUCGGCACCUUCAACUUCUCUGACGGGGAAAUCCCCUGUUUACAGUACUCGGUGUCCCUUCAGACGGAGGAGUGUGUUCAGGAGGAGUACCGGCGCUCCCGCGGACAGCCGCUGUCCGUCAGUACCCACGCUCAGCACCAUGAGUCCUGUCUGCACACGGCCAGCAGUCAUUUCAGCCUUCCGGUGCCUCUGGGCUCCUGUCCUGGCUUCAGCACUAAUAUUGUUUCCCUCAAGUGGCGUCUUCACUUUGAGUUUGUGACAGCCCGCGAACCUGUGGAAGCCCCUACUGUUCCGGAGAACCAAGCGGAAAUCAUCACAUGGACAGGGGCCGAGAACAUUGAUGUGGACACCUUUAGCUGGGACUUGCCUAUUAGAGUGUUACCCACCAACCCGUUACUGGCCUCCUAUGUGUCCCCAGUCUCCUCAUCGCACUCCAUCUGUAUCUAACUGGGAGGAGUUGUGUCUGGUUGCGAUUUUAUCUUGUUUUGUGGUUGGUGCGAAAAGCAAAUUUUUCUACAUUUCUAAUGUACUCGUUAUAAUGGACUGUUAGUCUGCUAUGGGGGAGGAGCAGUCCUUUUUUGUCACCCUCCAGUAGGAGGAGCCAGCAGUAUUACCCAUGGCUGUUUUUGGUCUCCCUGUAGCAGAGGAGCUGCCGCCUCAAGAUGGUGCUCUGCAGUGGGCUGUUUUCUGGUGUCGAUGGCAGGACAUGGAGGAGAUGGUGUCUGCAGAUGUAUGAAUCGCUCAGGAAUGGACUCUGAUGUACAAUGGGAAGAGUUUAUUUGGAAGCACAGCAUAAGAAUAUACCUGCCUGGAGGAGCGCAGGGCGUUGGGUGCUCUCAGUGGUCAUACACAGUAUUGGGAUGUAUGUGCCCACCACUGUCUGCAUUUUCUGUCUAUGGGAGAAACAUGCACAGCGGUCACUCUAGACACACAUUAAGUGGUUUUUGGAGACAGAAGGGAAAUGCUGUCAGUAAUGAUGGAGGUUGUCCAUUAGAUUUGUCCAUAACAUGUCAUGAG